GAAUGGCUGUGCUUAAACUGCCAGAGACAAAGAGCAAUAUCAGGACAACUUGGGGAUAUGGGCAAAAUGCCACCUCCAGUGGCAGCCCCUUCACAGUCAGUAUCCAAACCAUCUGUUGUUCCUCAGAGCCAGCCUAUGCCAGCCAAGUCAGAUCGCCUUCAGAAAACUGCUGAACUGCUUACCCAAAUAGUGGAGAAAUCAAAAGAAGAACCAGGAAUUCAGAAGAAAGUUCCAAAGCUUUCGCAGGGGAAAUUGGCAAAGACUCUUUCAGCUGAUAAAAUCCAGCAGGGGAUUCAGAAGGAAGAUCCAAAACUUCAACAGGGAAAAUUGGCAAAGACUCUUUCAGCUGAUAAAAUCCACCUGGGGAUUUCAAAGGAAGAUCCAAAAUUCCAGCUGGGGAAACUGGUUAAGAUACCAUCAGCUGAUAAAAUCCAGCAAGGAAUUCAGAAGGAAGCUCCAAAACUUCAGCAGGGGAAACCGGCAAGGAAACCUUCAGCUGAUAAAAUUCACCAGGGAAUACAGAAGGACGAUCCGAAACAUCAACAGGGGAAACUGGCAAAGACGUCGUCAGUGGAUAAAAUUCCUCUGGAGAUAAGUUCAGAUGUAAAGCAACGUAUAAGCAAAUUGGAGGAAGACAAAAAAUGUGUGCUCCCGGAAGAGAAACCAUUCCUCCCAGGGGGCAAAAAAGAGGACAUCAAAGUUGAGACUAAAGGACAAGGUAUCAAAGAGAACUUAGAAGCCAAAGUACCUCCUGAGGAAUUGCAGGUUAAGAAACAAGAGGAGAUUAAGAAGGAAGAUUUGACCACUGGGAUUCCACAAAUGCUAUCCAAACAUGAAAACAUCCAGAAAAAAGAAACCCUAGCUCAAGUAGCACCUUUGCCAAGACUUGAUCGUGUGGAAACAGUGAAAGAAAAAAUGGAGCAGGAGGCUGACAAAUCAGACACAUCAAUCUCUCAGCAACAGAGAAGUCCACAAGGUCUGAGUGACACUGGGUAUUCUUUGGAUGGGAUAUCAAGUUCACUUGGUGAAAUUCCAAGUCUUCUCCCCAGUGAUGAAAAAGAUUUACUCAAGGAACUUUCUAAAAAAGAUACUUUUUCGCAAGAAGGCAGUCCUUCAAGCCCCUCAGAUCUUGCCAAGUUGGAAAGUACAGUUCUAUCAAUUUUGGAAGCUCAGGCAAGUACACUUGCUGAGGAAGAGUCUGGGAAGACCAAAGAUCUUUAUGGUAUAUAUGGCGAACAGACAAAAGAUCCACACAGAACAAAGCCUUUGCCAAUGACUCCAGAACAUUACAGUUCAGAUGAGGAGAAUCUGGAAGACAUUCAAGAAGAAGAUGAAGAAGGUCUUGAAGAAGAUGGAAAACAAAGUGUUCCAACUCAGAAAGACUAUAAGGAAAAGAUGGAUGCAAUAGAUGAUAUAUCAACAAGAAGGCAACGCUAUGAUUCUGUAGAAGACAGCAGUGAGAGUGAAAAUUCACCAGUCCCAAGAAGAAAAAGACAAACUAGUGUUGACUCUUCAAGUAGCGAUGAGUAUAAACGAGAGGACAGUCUAGGAUCAGGUGAUGAUGAAGACUUCAUUCGAAAACAGAUUAUAGAAAUGAGUGCUGAUGAAGAUGCCUCAGGUUCUGAAGAUGAUGAAUUCAUUAGGAACCAGCUUAAAGAAAUCAGUGUAAUUGAAAGCCAAAAGAAGGAAGAAGUGAAAGUCAAAGCUAAAGGGACAGCUGGAAAACAUAGAAGGAUGAUGCGGAAAAGUAGCACAAGCUAUGAUGAGGAUGCUGGAAGACGUCACUCAUGGCAUGAUGAUGAUGAUGAUGAUGAUGAUGAAACUUUUGAUGAAAGCCCAGAACCAAAAUAUAGGGAAACCAAAAGUCAAGACAGUGAAGAACUCACUGUAACUGGAGGAGGUGGAGGCCUUAGACGUUUCAAAACAAUAGAACUCAACAGCACAAUAACAAAUACAUAUUCUGAAGAAUCUGAACCACAGAAGGGUAGCUUAUAUUUUGAUGAAGAGCCAGAGCUAGAGAUGGAGAGUCUUACAGAUUCACCAGAAGACAGAUCUAGAGGAGAAGGAUCUUCCAGUUUGCAUGCCUCCGGUUUUACUCCAGGUACAUCUCCCACAUCUGUGUCAUCUCUCGAUGAAGAUAGUGACAGCAGUCCUAGUCACAAAAAAAUGGGAGGAGAAAGCAAACAGCAGCGCAAAGCCAGACACCGGUCACAUGGUCCUCUUCUUCCCACCAUUGAAGACUCUUCAGAAGAAGAGGAGCUAAGGGAGGAAGAAGAGCUGCUAAAGGAACAAGAGAAACAACGUGAAUUAGAACAGCAGCAAAGAAAGAGUUCUACCAAAAAAUCUAAGAAAGACAAAGAUGAACUAAGAGCACAGAGAAGACGGGAACGUCCAAAGACCCCACCAAGUAAUCUUUCUCCUAUUGAAGAUGCAUCUCCAACAGAAGAGUUACGACAGGCAGCAGAAAUGGAAGAGCUGCACCGAUCUUCCUGUUCUGAAUAUUCACCAAGUAUUGAGUCAGAUCCUGAAGGAUUUGAAAUCAGCCCAGAAAAAAUAAUAGAAGUGCAAAAGGUUUACAAGUUGCCUACAGCUGUCUCUUUAUAUUCUCCAACAGAUGAACAACCUGUUGGAGUCCUAAAAGAAGAAAGUAGCCAAAAAACAUUAAAAAGUGCUGAAGAGGUAUAUGAGGAAAUGAUGCACAAAUCCCAUAAACCCAAACUAUUUCAAAGUGCAAAUGGAAAAGAAGUGUUUGAAAAAGACUCUUUAUAUGGUGGCAUGUUAAUAGAGGAUUAUAUUUAUGAAUCUUUAGUAGAGGACACAUACAAUGGAACUAUUGAUGCUAAUCUUGUAAUGAGACAAGAUGAAAGUAGUGAAUUUAUUCAGCGCAGAGGGAGAGAGAAAAAAAUAAAACCUCCAGAUCAGAUUUAUGAAGAAACUAUGGAGAAAAUUGUAGAUCGACAGAGAGACUAUUACAAUGUAGAGCCUUUGCAUUCAAUUGUGCCUCAAGAAGACAUUGUGUCUAGUUCUUACAUUAUACCAGAAAGUCAUGAGAUAGUUGUACUUGACAGUGUUGUAACUUCCACCACUGAGGAAAAGCAGUUGUUAGAUGCAGAUGCUGCUUAUGAGGAGCUUAUGAAACGACAAAGAAUGCAGCUAACACCAGGCUCCAGUCCAACUCAGUCUACAUCUGAUUUAAUUCCUGCACCAGAUACAAACGUAUUUAUAGUUGGAGAUAUAGUAGAUGGUGAAUCUUUAGCGUCAAGUGCUCCUCUGACAGUUUCAGAUACAGCUUCAGUCAGCAGCACAGUGCUUUCUAUUCCAGAUGUUAAAAUAACUCAGCACUUUACUACAGAAGAAAUAGAAGAUGAAUACCUAACAGAUUAUGCCAGAGAAGUUCAGGAAAUCAUUUCUCAUGAAACGUCAAUAUUGACCUACUCUGAGGCAUCAGAAAGUGCGACAUCAGUUUUACCUUAUGAUAUACCUUCUCUUACAUCAUCUACAUCUUCAAUUUGUACCACUGAUAGCUCAUCACCUAUUACUGGAAUAGAUAGCACAACUGCAGGUUAUGUAGACAUAGCAGAUGUUGUAGGUAAAUUAGUACAUCCUGAAGAUAUUGGCACAAUAGUUCAAGUUCCCUUAAGUUUCACAAAAGAAUAUUCUGAAAUAAGCACACCUUAUGAACAUGUUACUGUUCUCCCUAAAAAGACAGUUGUGUCCACAGAUAUGGCAAGUGUGGAUCAUGGUGUAAUGUCUUUGCCUGAAGAUGCUCCUUCUGUUGUCACAACUAUGGCUAUAAAACUGAAGCAAUAUACUUCUUAUUCCACUACCGUUGAUUUACCCAAACCAGAAAGAGAGACAGCCAAAAAAAUUAAAAGUACAGCUGAUGCUGGUAUUGCUAAAGUACUUUCUGAGGAUGUACACAAAGGAGCUGAGUUCGACAUGGCAAGGAUUAACUUGGCUGAGGCAGCAUCUGACCUACCUCCUGUGUGUAUAACAUCAGAGCCAGGCCCAGUCAUAUCUUCUGUAUCUACUACCCAUGUUACUACUAAGACCAGCACUGUAUCUGCAUUACCAUCUAUUGCUUCUUCAGUUCCUACUGUAACAUCCAAAGUAUUCUCAUUUUUUAGAAGCUCUCCUUUGGAUUCUUCAACCCAAUCAUCUCCACCACCUCCACCCCCUCCUCCUCCACCACCUCCGCCUCCCCUACCAUUACCCCCACCUACUCCGCCAAAGCCAGCUAUUUAUCCCAAAAAGAAGCCACAUGUUCAGGCUCCAGUGACAACAGAUCCUGCAGUGGCACCUUCACAUACUAGUGUUGUAGCCAUAGAGGCCACAGAGGAGUUAAAGAAUAACGUGGCAUCUGCCCCAAAAAUAUACAUCCCGACACCACCUCCUGUGCCACCCAAGCCAUCCUUAAUUCCAGCAGGGCUUGUGUUCAGUCACAGGCCUGUUGAGGUAACAAAGCCUCCAAUUGCUCCUAAGCCAGCAGUUCUUCAGCUCCCAACAGCUGCUCACCAGCCAGCAGAGAAACAGCCAAAACCAACAGGUUUGUCAUUGAAAAGUAUGACUUUGAAUUUGGUCUCUUCAGCAGAGUGCAAGUUGACAUCCCCGACGUCCCCUUUGUCUCCACACUCUAACAAAUCUUCACCAAGGCUGACCAAACCCUCACAGGAAACCUAUGUUGUUAUCACAUUGCCAUCUGAACCUGGAACUCCCACAGAGUCUGUAACUAGUCAAGCUAUUACCAGUUGGCCUUUUGGGUCAUCCUCUAAGGAACAGCUUCCCCAAAAUGUGCAGCCUCUGUUUACUCCAUCUAUGAAAGCCAUGGAAAUUCAAAGUAUGAGAGAUCACAGCAUGUAUGUUUCAGAUGCUUUGCAAAUGCUUGCCACUGUUCCUGUCACAGCACAAUCAACUUUUGAAACAGUCCCUAGUUCGGUAACACAGUUAAUAACAACAGAGGUGACCAAGACCACAGUGUCUGUGGUGAAAAGCUCAGUUCCCACUGUUGGUUUAGGUAGUGUCUCUAUUACUAUUCCUCCAGAGCCCACACAAAUAGGUGAGCAACCCAGGUGUAGAGAGAAUGGAAGAUCCCAUCUGUUUGGUGAUAUUAUUGACCUUCGUACUUUAACUAAAAUGGAUAAAAUGAAUAUUGAAAUGACAGACAGCUGUAUGGAUCUCUCUGCUUUUCCCAUGGAUGUGAGAAGACAAACUAUGGCAAGUGAUAUAUGUGGGCGGCCAGUAAGUGCAGUCCAACCAGCUAUCAUAAAUCUUAGCACUGUGUCAGCUGCAGAACCCUCUCUAGCACUAGUCUCAGAAACACUAACAAUAAUGACCUGCACAGCUACUGUAAGUUACACAUCAAGUACAGAGAGCCUUGUAGAUCUGGGGCAUGCAAUGACAACACCACUCCAGCUGACCAUGUCAAAACAUUUUGAGCCUGCAUACAGAGUAACAGGCAGCCCGGCAUUCUCUGCAGGUAGAGAUGAAGUGCCAAUAAAUUUAUCCCUGGGUACUUCAACACAUGCAGUGUCCUGGGCUACUGCAAUGCCUGUUACUGUACCUCCUGUUGGUAUGACAAAUGGUUGGACUGAUAUCUCCACAUCCCAGGAGCUAAUAGAGAGUGGAGCAGUUGACCUUAGCACCACAAAAUCCCACAGAACUCUGGUGACAGUGGAUGAAGUUACUUCAGGAGUUGUCACCAGUGUAAUAGAAGAAGAUGAAAAGCCUGUUGAUCUGACUGCAGGGAGAAGAGCUGUUUGUUGUGAUGUGGUUUAUAAAUUACCAUUUGGCAGUAGCUGUACAGCGCAGCAGCCUCCAACCACACUGCCUGAAGAUCGGUUUGGUUACAGAGAUGACCAUUAUCAGUAUGAUCGCUCAGGGCCAUAUGGGUACAAAGGAUUUGGAGGUAUGAAACCAUCCAUGUCUGACACUAAUUUAUCAGAAGCCAGUCUUUUUGUGUACAAAAGCAAGAAUAGCUUUGAUUAUCAAGUUGGGGCAACAGAUGCAGCAGUAGAUCUAACUUCUGGAAGAGUCUCUACAGGUGAGGUAAUGGAUUACUCAAGCAAGAGCACUGGUCUUUAUCCAGAGACUCGGCACGUGAUUUCAGGCAUCGGGAUUAGUGCACCACAGUACUCCCAAGCAAGAAUAGUACCGUCUCUGGGAUCCCAGUACGGUGUUGAAAGUGUGUUAAGAUCCUCUAAUGGUGUCGUUUAUUCCUCGGUUGCAACUCCGAUCCCAGCCACAUUUGCCAUAACCACACAGCCUGGUUCUAUUUUCAGUACAACUGUCAGAGAUUUAUCUGCUGUCCAAACAAUUGACUUAGUGUCCUCAUUAUCAACCUUGCAACAGAAUCAGCCACUUCCAAGAUCAUACAGUUUCUUGACAACAGUGGCAGCUGAAAAAGCCAAUGCAAUUACUGGCAUUGAUAUUGACACAGGGUUGCAACCUGGCACUAUAGAAACUAUUACCACUGAGCCAACUGACCUGAUGCCUGCUUUAACUAUAGCUUCUGAAGCUUUUACAGAUGUACUUGAAGAUGAAGUUGCACUUCUCAUUGCCCCUGAAGAAGACAAACAGCAGCAGCUUGACUUGCAGCGUGAACUGCUUGAGCUUGAGAAACUUAAGCAGCAGCGCUUUGCAGAGGAACUAGAGUGGGAACGUCAGGAAAUCCAAAGGUUUAGAGAACAAGAAAAGUUAAUGGUCCAAAAAAAACUUGAGGAAUUGCAAUCCAUGAAGCACCAUCUCUUAUUUCAGCAAGAAGAGGAGCGACAAGCUCAGUUCUUGAUGAGGCAGGAAACCUUAGCCCAGCAGCAAUUACAACUUGAACAAUUUCAACAACUUCAACAGCAGCUUCAUCAGCAGCUGGAAGAGCAAAAAAUUCGCCAGAUAUAUCAAUAUAAUUAUGACCCUUCUGGAACUGUCUCUCCACAAACAAGCACAGACCAAGCCCUUCUGGAAGGGCAGUAUGCUGCUACAGAAAAUGGCCAGUUUUGGACUAGCGAUGACCCAACCACCACAGCUUCCACUGUGCUAGGCAUUGAAAUUCCACAAAGUCAAACAUGGUACACAGUUCAGUCAGAUGGCAUUACGCAAUAUAUAUCUAGGCCUGGUAUGCUGAGCUCUGUUUCAGAAAUGUCUCUUAAGGACAUGGAUAUGAGAGAGGAGAAACAACUGAAAAAGAGGAGCUCCAUGCCAAAAUUGCGUGGUCAGUAUGACAAGCUUGAUGAGACUCUGGAAAAAGAGCCCAGUUGUUUUAAAAAAAACGUGGACAGUGGAGUACAAACUGAUGAUGAAGAUGGUGCAGACAGAAGUUACACAAACAGGAGAAGAAGAACUAAGAAGAGCGUUGACACAAGUGUUCAGACAGAUGAUGAAGAUCAAGAUGAAUGGGAUCUUUCUAACAGAUCAAGAAGAAAGUCUCGUCCUGGGAAAUAUGAGGGUACCACUGAGGUAGACAAGGCUAAGCCAUUUUCCAAAGUGUCUAGCAUUGCAGUUCAGACAGUGGCAGAGAUCUCUGUACAGACAGAACCUGUAGGGACGAUAAGAACACCUUCAAUAAGGGCCAGGCUGGAUGCUAAGGUUGAAAUCAUUAAACAUAUUUCAGCUCCAGAGAAGACAUACAAAGGAGAAAGUUUGGGAUGUCAAACAGAAACAGACUCAGAUACACAGAGUCCCCAGUACUUGACAGCCACAUCUCCACAGAAAGAUAAAAAGCGUCCAACACCAUUAGAAAUAGGCUAUUCAUCCCAUCUUCGUGCAGAUUCCACACUACAGGUAGUCCCUUCCCCUCCUAAAUCUCCCAAAGUUCUAUAUUCACCCGUUUCACCCGUUUCACCAAGCAAAAUUAUAGAGUCUGCCUUUGUACCCUAUGAAAAAUCCAUCACUGAUGACAUCAGUCCUCAGAAGAUGCUGCAUGCUGAUAUUGCCAAGGGUCCUCCACCGAGCCCAAAAUCUGCAAAGAUGAUGCAACGCUCUAUGUCGGAUCCUAAGCCCUUGAGUCCAACAGCAGAAGACACUUCCAGGUCUCAGUUUCAGUACACUGAAGGAUUUGUGGCUAAAGGUUCUUCAGGUAUACCUUCGGGCACCCAGAAGAAAGUAAAGAGGACUCUACCCAACCCACCUCCAGAAGAUGCUACCACAGGGACCCAGUCAGCAUUCACUACUGUGGGGUCAGUUUCACGCAGAAGGAUCUGUAGAACCAACACCAUGGCCAGAGCUAAAAUUCUCCAGGAUAUAGACAGGGAAUUGGAUCUGGUAGAACGAGAGUCAGCCAAGCUUAGGAAGAAGCAAGCAGAGCUAGAUGAGGAAGAAAAAGAAAUAGAUGCCAAACUGCGAUACUUGGAAAUGGGCAUCAAUAGGCGGAAAGAAGCCUUGUUAAAGGAAAGAGAAAAGAGAGAACGUGCCUAUCUCCAAGGAGUAGCAGAAGAACGUGAUUACAUGUCAGACAGUGAAGUUAAUAAUACCAGGCCUACUAGAAUGGAAGCCCAGCAUGGCUUGGAAAGACCACGAACUGCGCCACAGACAGAAUUUAAUCAAUUUAUGCCACCACAGACCCAGCCAGAAUCUCAGUUUGCUCCCCCUACAAGCCCUUAUACACAAUAUCAAUAUUCUUCUCCUGCUCUCCCUACACAAGCACCAACUCAGUAUACACAACAGUCACAUUACCAACCACAGCAGACUUUAUAUCAUCAACAGGUUUCACCCUAUCAAACCCAGUCAGCCUUCCAGCCUGUGGCAACCAUGUCCUUUACUCCCCAAGCUCAGCCUCCACCAACCCAACAGUCAUCGUAUCAGCUCCCGUCACAAAUGAUGAUGAUACAGCAAAAGCCAAGGCAAACUACAUUAUAUUUGGAGCCUAAGAUAACAUCAAACUAUGAUGUGAUUCGUAAUCAGCCUCUUAUGAUAGCACCUGUUUCCACUGAUACUACUUAUGCAGUUUCCCAUCUUGGCAGCAAAUACAAUACCUUGGAUUUAAGGAUAGGGCUGGAUGAGAGAAGCAGCAUGGCGAGCAGCCCCAUAUCAAGCAUAUCUGCAGAUUCAUUCUAUGCAGAUAUAGACCAUCAUCACAUGCCACGAAACUAUGUGCUGCUGGAUGAUAUAGGAGAGCUUACAAAGGGAACGGCAGCACUGAGCUCUGCUUUUAGCCUCCAUGAGAAGGAUCUGACAAAAACUGAUCGACUUCUUCGAACCACCGAAGCCCGAAGAGCACAGGAAGUGACGGACUUCCUAGCACCACUGCAAACUUCUUCUAGAUUGCAUACUUAUGUGAAAGCAGAUGAAGAUCCAAUGGAAGAUCCUUAUGAGCUAAAGCUUCUGAAACAUCAGAUCAAGCAGGAGUUCCGCAGGGGUGCAGAAACUCUCGAUCACCUUGCUGGCCUUUCUCAGUAUUAUCAUGCAGAUACCAGCUACAGGCAUUUUCCCAAAUCUGAGAAAUACAGCAUCAGCAGGCUCACACUUGAGAAACAAGCGGCCAAGCAGCUCCCAGCAGCCCUCCUCUACCAAAAGCAGUCAAAGCACAAGAAGGCUUUGAUGGACCCCAAACUGUCAAAGUUUUCACCUAUCCAGGAGAGUCAAGACCUUGAGCCUGACUAUUCAAGCUAUAUGACUUCUAGUACUUCAUCACUUGGAGGCAUCACCUCCAAGGCAAGGCUUCUUCAGGAUGAUAUCACUUUUGGCCUCCGAAAAAAUAUCACGGACCAACAGAAAUUUAUGGGGCCAACACUGACAUCAUCCCUUGGAGCCAGCCUUGGAACCACACUAGGUCCAACAAUGAGAUCCACAUUACAUGAUGAAGCUGACAAGUCCUAUAGUGGUGGCAGUAGAUCAAGGCCCUCAUCUAGACCCUCUUCAGUCUAUGGACUUGAUUUAUCAUUAAAAAGAGAUUCUUCUAGCUCUUCUUUAAGACUGAAAGCCCAGGAGUCUGAACCAUUAGAUAUUUCUUUUAGUCAUGCAGCUCCCUCUGGAAGAACUAAACCUACAAGUCUACCUAUUAGCCAAAGCAGGGGAAGAAUCCCAAUAGUAGCACAGAACUCAGAGGAAGAGAGCCCUUUAAGUCCUGUUGGUCAGCCAAUGGGAAUGGCAAGAGCUGCAGCUGGACCCUUGCCACCAAUAUCUGCAGAUACCCGGGAGCAGUUUGGAUCAAGCCAUUCACUACCUGAGGUCCAGCAACAUAUGAGGGAAGAAUCACGGACUCGCGGGUAUGACCGGGAUAUAGCCUUCAUCAUGGAUGACUUCCAGCAUGCUAUGUCAGACAGUGAAGCCUAUCAUCUCCGCCGUGAAGAGACAGAUUGGUUUGACAAGCCCAGGGAGUCUCGUCUGGAGAAUGGACAUGACUUUGACAGAAAACUGCAAGAGAAGUUAUCCCAUUCCAGACCACCAAGUCAACAUCAAGAUCAAAUAAAUGGGAAGCCUCUUCAGUACAUUUUCCCUCAUGCAAGACUCAAACUACUGAGAGACCCAAAGGAUCACACUGUAUCAGAGCAUGAUCAUCUCUUGAGUGUAUGUCAUAGCGUGUGGGGAUUUUUUGAGACGAGAAUAUACCCUUUACCCUUGAAGGUGCAUGCCUGGUAUCUUACAGACUGGACUGGAGAAGACAUUGGAAAAAUAAUACAGGAGGGUGGAAGGCAGAUUCCCACAGAGAAGAAAGUGAAGUUAAAAUUUGAGGCACUUAUGAAUGAUAUGAGUACACAAAGCUUGUCGAGAACAUUAGGGAAAAUUAGAAACCCAGGACAUGCUGAG